GUGACAAGAGCAGAAAAUUACACGACGAGAGAAACAGAGAAAAAGUUUGACAGUUUUUGUUCCACUGAAUCGUCUGAAACAAUCAAUAAAUUCAUUGUGAAGUAUUUUGUAGGUGAUAUUCUAGUCAGUAAAGAGGAACAUCAACAGUUCUUGACAGGUGUUCAGUGGACUGUUCAGAUGAUGUCAUGGACUCCACAAAGGAUCUCAGUGGACAGACAGACACAGGGAAGGUCAAGAGGAUACACAAACCCUGCCGAAGUGCUGCGGGGAAUCAGGAUGAUGAGGCCCAUUCAUCAGCGAAGCGUCAAUCGGUGAGACGGUGUGAUGUUCACGAGGACACUGUAGGGGAGCAGAAAGUUUUACGGCGAAAAGUCCUUCAGCUGGCUUGUGCAUAUGAACAGCAAUGUGUCAUUCAUGGAGAAUCUCCUGAAUCCAGCUGUGUGUCCAUGAAGAGUGACCGGUCAAUGGAUCAUCCACCUAGAUUCAGUUCAGGAGCCCCUUGUGCUGAUGUGAGUGUCAUUCAUGGAGAAUCUCCUGAAUCCAGCUGUGUGUCCAUGAAGAGUGACCGGUCAAUGGAUCCUCCACCUGGAUUCAGUUCAGGAGCCCCUUGUGCUGAUGUGAGUCAACUCCAUAUGAAGAGAUCAGACUCACCGGAGCCCAGCUGUGUGUCCAUGAAGAGUGACUGGUCUAUGGAUAAGCCAAUUGAAUUAAAGGGUGAACACACACCAACUGGUCUGAGUCAACUCCAUAUGAAGAGAUCAGACUCACCGGAGCCCAGCUGUGUGUCCAUGAAGAGUGACACGUCUAUGGAUAAGCCAAUUGAAUUAAAGGGUGAACACACAUCAACUGGUCUGAGUCACUCGCAACAUGUUGAAGUCCAAAACACAUUCAAAUCCAAUCUGCUGAAGAAGUUUCAGUGUUUGUGUGAGGGAACAGCAAAGCAGGAAAACCCAACACUCCUGAAUGAGAUCUACACAGAGCUGUACAUCACAGAGAGUGAAAGAGGAGAGAUCAAUAAUGAACAUGAGGUGAGACAGAUCGAGAAACAGUCCAGAAGAGCAACAACAGAGGACACACCAAUCAAAUGCAAUGACAUCUUUAAAGCCUUACCUGGACAAGACAAACCCAUCAGAACUGUGCUGACUAAAGGAGUUGCUGGAAUUGGAAAGACAGUCUCUGUGCAGAAGUUCAUUGUGGACUGGGCUGAAGGGAAAGCCAAUCAGGACAUCCACAUCAUAUUUCCACUUCCUUUCAGAGAGCUCAAUCUGAUGAAGGACAAAAAACUCAGUCUUUCAGAUCUUCUUCAGGUUUUCUUCAGUGAGACAAAAGAAAUGGAAAUAUCCAGAGAUGAAUAUAAAGUUUUCUUCAUCUUUGAUGGUCUGGAUGAGUGUCGUCUGUCUCUGGAUUUUCAGAGCAAUGUGAGACUGUGUGAUGUCACUGAAUCAGCCUCAGUGGAUGUGCUGUUGACAAACCUGAUCAAGGGGAAUCUGCUUCCCUCUUCUCUCAUCUGGAUCACCUCCAGACCAGCAGCAGCUGAACUCAUCCCCUCUAAGUGUGUUGAUCGGGUGACAGAGGUACGAGGAUUCAAUGACCCACAGAAGGAGGAAUACUUCAGGAAGAGAAUCAGAGAUCAGCGUCUGGCCAACAGAAUCAUCACACACCUGAAGUCAUCAAGGAGUCUAUUCAUCAUGUGUCACAUCCCAGUGUUCUGCUGGAUUUCAGCCACUGUUCUAGAGAGACUGUUGAGUAAAGCAGAGAGAGGACAGAUCCCCAAGACUCUCACUCAAAUGUACACACACUUCCUGAUCAUUCAGACAAACAUCAAACAUGAGAAGGACUAUGAGAUUAAAAGUAAAAACAGAGACAUGAUCCUCAAACUGGGGAAACUGGCUUUUAAACAGCUUGUGAAAGGCAAUCUGAUCUUCUAUGAGGAAGACUUGAGAAAGUGUGACAUUGAUGUGACAGAAGCAUCAGUGUACUCAGGAUUGUGUACUCAGAUCUUCAGAGAGGAGUUUGGGUUGUAUCAGGGGAAAGUGUUCUGCUUUGUUCAUCUUAGCAUUCAGGAACAUCUAGCAGCUCUAUAUGUGCACCUCUCCUUUACAAACAACAACAUGAAUGUGUUUGAACAAAUCACCAAACAAAAACUCUUCUCUAAAGUUUUAAAGUUGAUGAAACAGAAUUCAUCAAAACAGGUUUCUAUGUUUGACCUGCAUCAGACAGCUGUGAAUGAGACUUUAAGGAGUAAGAAUGGGCAUCUGGAUCUCUUCCUUCGUUUCUUUCUGGGUCUCUCAUUGGAGUCUAAUCACACUCUCUUACAAGAACUACCGACACAGACAGGAAGCUGCUCCUACCACAAAGAGGAAACAGUGAAAUACAUCAAGAUGAAGAUCAGGGAGAAUCACUCUUCAGAGAAAUCCAUCAAUCUGUUUCACUGUCUGAAUGAACUGGGUGAUGAUUCAAUUGUGAUGGAGAUCCAACAUUAUUUGAAAUAUGGAAAAAUAAAAGAAACAAAACUCUCCUCUUCACAGUGGUCAGCUGCAGUGUUUGUGUUGAUGACCUCAGAGCAGGAGAUGGAUGAGUUUGAUCUGAAUCAGUUUAUUGGAGCACAUAAUAAAGCAGAUGAAGUUCUUCGGUAUCUGCUGCCUGUGAUUAAAGAAUCCAGAUCAGUUCAUCUGAUGGGCUGUAAUCUGACAGAGAAAAGUUGCUCAGCCCUGGCCUCAAUUCUCAGCUCAAACUCCUCAAGUCUGAGAGAGCUGAACCUGAGUAACAAUGACCUGCAGGAUUCAGGAUUGAAGCUGCUCUCUGAUGCAUUGAAGAGUCCUCACUGUACACUGGAAAUACUGAGUUUGAUGGGCUGUAAUCUGACAGAGAAAAGUUGUUCAGCACUGGCCUCAAUUCUCAGAUCAAACUCUUCAAAUCUGAUAGAGCUGGACCUGAGUAACAAUGACCUGCAGGAUUCAGGAGUGAAGCUGCUCUCUGAUGCACUGAAGAGUCCUCACUGUAUAUUGGAAAUACUGAGAUUAUCUGGCUGUAUGGUGACAGAGGAAGGCUGUUGUUCUGUGGCAUUGGCUCUGAGAUCAAAUCCCUCAUGCCUGAAAGAGCUGGAUCUGAGCUACAAUCACCCAGGAGAAUCAGGAGUCAGGCUGCUCUCUGAAAGUCUAAUCGAUCCAAACUGCACACUGGACAAACUUAAUGUGGAUCAUGGAGGAGAGUUCAGGAUUACAGCAGGACCACGCAAAUGGGUCUGUGAUCUCACACUGGAUUCAAACACAGUAAACACUGAACUCAUUCUGUCUGAGGGGAACAGGAAGGUGACACGUGUGAGAGAGCGUCAGUCAUAUCCUGAUCAUCCAGAGAGAUUUGAUGAGUAUCAUCAGGUUCUGUGUAGAGAGAGUCUGACUGGACGCUGUUACUGGGAGACUCAAUGGAGUGAAGUUGGUGCUGAUAUAUCAGUGUCAUAUAAAGAAAUCAGCAGGAAAGGAGUGAGUCGUGACUGUGUGUUUGGACUCAAUGUAAACUCCUGGAGUCUGGAGUGCUUUAAUAACACAUUCACUGUCUGGCACAAUAAAAACAGAACUGACAUACGUCCCCCUUCACACGACUGUAAGAGAGUAGGAGUGUAUGUGGACUGUCCGGCCGGCACUCUGUCCUUCUACAGCGUCUCUGACACACACACACUCACACACUUACACACACUCAUCACCACAUUCACUCGACCCCUCUAUGCUGGAUUUGGAGUAGAUUAUUCUGGUUCCUCAGUGUGUGUGUGUGAAAUUGAUCAUCAGAGACACACACACGUAACUGGAUGAGUGAAAUACACUCACCUAAAGGAUUAUUAGGAACACAUACUAAUACUGUGUUUGACCCCCUUUCGCCUUCAGAACUGCCUUAAUUCUACGUGGCAUUGAUUCAACAAGGUGCUGAAAGCAUUCUUUAGAAAUGUUGGCCCAUAUUGAUAGGAUAGCAUCUUGCAGUUGAUGGAGAUUUGUGGGAUGCACAUC